AUGGUCUCCAACACCGAUGGGAUUGCGAACUGUUCCCACCACCGUGGUGACAUCUCACCGAUAGCGUCGGAGCAGCCUCCCGCCAUGGCUUGCAUGCCGCAGUCCGACGCGUCCGACAUCCCGCAUCGGCCUCCAUUGACGUCGCAGCAGUCGAACUCACUCCCCUCCACCCCUUACCAACAUGCGCGCAACCUUUCAUUCCACUCUCGCUCGCCCUCCCCCGCUCGGGGGAGCACCUCACCUCGCUCAACCCAUUCCGAAUCCGCACACAUUCCUCCCUCCGCUCGCGUACCGCUUGGUGCAUGCAAAUACGAAACGGCCAUGGCCAAUUUUCGACGGCGAAUGCCGUAUUCGAUCGGCGCGGACCUUUUAGAAGACGAAGAGGAAGAGAUCAAAGACAAGUUGGACCCCGAGGACGAGAAGAAACUGACAGAAGCCAUCAUGGACCUCUACGAUCGCUUAUUGCCCUCGGCUGAGAGCGACGAUCGCCGCCAUCAACUGGUACGAAAGUUGGAGAAGUUGUUCAAUGAGCAGUGGCCCGGGCACGAGAUCAAGGCCAACGUCUUUGGCUCGUCGGGCAACAAACUCUGUUCGAGUGACUCGGACGUGGACAUUUGUAUUACGACCAACUUUAAAGAGCUGGAGCGCGUGUGUCUUUUGGCAGACGUAUUGGCAAAUCACGGCAUGGAACGUGUGGUUUGCGUCUCCCAUGCAAAGGUUCCCAUUGUGAAGAUCUGGGACCCCGAGUUAAAGUUGGCCUGUGACAUGAACGUGAAUAAUUCACUGGCCCUGGAAAAUACACGCAUGAUCCGCACCUAUGUCGACGUUGAUUCGCGCGUACGACCGCUGGCGAUGUGCGUCAAGCAUUGGACGAAGCGACGGGUGCUCAAUGACGCCGGCACGGGAGGUACCCUGAGCUCGUACACCUGGAUCUGCCUCAUCAUCAACUUUCUGCAAACGAGGAAUCCCCCGAUUCUUCCGAGUCUUCAGGCUCGUCCCCACCCGAAGAAGACUACCCCCGAUGGCUUGGUCUAUUCGUUCGACGAUGAUCUCGACACCUUGGGCACUUUUGGUUGGGACAACAAGCAGUCUGUGGGAGAGCUGUUUUUCGAGUUUUUCCGUUACUAUGGCUACGAGAUCAAUUACGAGGACUAUGUCGUCUCGGUGCGUGAGGGCAAGCUGAUUCGGAAAGAUCUCAAGGGGUGGCAUUUCCUCUCCAACAAUCGGCUGUGCGUGGAGGAACCUUUCAACACCUCACGGAAUCUGGGAAAUACUGCCGAUGACACUUCGUUCCGGGGCUUGCAUAUGGAAUUGCGGCAGGCCUUCAAGCAUGUAGCGCAAGGCGACCUUGCCAAAUGUUGCGAACAGUACGAGUUUCCUCGCGAGGAACGGAGAGUCGAGCGACCUCGACCACAGGCGCGAUCGAUCAUUACUCCGUUUCCCCCAAACCGUCGAGGAGGUGGCGGCGCCAACGGCAGCCUGUUCCAUGGCAAUGGCACUGGCAGUGGUGGUGGUGCCAAUGGGACAAACGGCGUCAGUGGAAGUCACGGUGCCAACAGCAAUGGCAGCAUGAACGGUAGCACCAAUGGCAGCUAUGGCGGAGGCCGUGGGGGGCGAUAUAACAACGGUCAAUCCAGAAGCGGGCUUGCCGGUGGUCGUCGAACAUCCAACACGGGGCCGCGGUCUAAUCAUCAUGCAUUUCGCCCAUUGAACCCCACGAAUACCUCAGACCUAUCCCUGCAGGCCCAGCAGCAGGCCCAGUACAUGCUGCACGACCAGCUGUAUCAGCAGAUCCAACUUCUCCAAGCCCAAGAGGCAGAGCUGAGGAUGCAACUGCACAACCAAGCUCUGAUCACUGGGCGGCCUCCUCCAGUCUUUCUACGUCAGCCUUUCAUUUCCUUUCCAAUGCUUCAAGGGCAAGAGACUUCCGGUGAAGAGAAUUCUCGUUCACGAUCAGGGACAGUGAACCAUCCGCCACUUACCCCCUCUCAACGGCAGCCGCCAAUCUCCAACCCUACCUAUGCCUCCGUGAGUGCUUCUGGCACACAGGGUAGCACCACGAAUCCUCCUUCUCCAUCUACCGCCAGCACUGUUCCUGAUCUUCGCCGCAACCCCCGCCGGUCGUCUGUUGUAAAUGAGUCACCAAAAGCCUCGCUUCGGGCGCAGUCACAGCCUGCACGACCUCAAAACUCGCCAUCUUUUCCGAAUUUCACGCACCUUUACACGAGCAUUCCGCAAAUUCACGAUAUAUCUUAUGUCACCAAACAACGCCCUGCGCCCGAGCCGUCGGAAGGUGGAGAAGGCAGUGGAGACGAAACCACAAUGCCUCCCAACAGUCUCUCGAGCAAUGGAUCUCACUCGGAUUCCGUAGACGAGAACCGUGCUCAGGACCUGUUAGGUUAUUACUUGUCCCCCCAGCAGCUCCAAUUUUAUCAACAACAUUCAAUGUUGCCACCCUUGGCAGCUAAUAUGGGCAUGCUGCAGAAUGGAUACCCGUCAUUUCUCUCUGGUCAUCCGGAUUAUCGGUCCGCUGAAAGUUUCUUCUCAGCGGAGGAGUCGAGUAUGCGCCCCGAUCAGACUGCCACGUCUGCGCCAAUGAAAUCUUCCGGAUCACAGUCGCAGCCUCGUUCAGCAUCGUCGCGCCCUGCCACAACUGCUGAUCGUGGCGGUCCGCUGAUUGUGGAUGGCUCAGUACGUCCGACUGAGCACCGCCCGUCAUAUGGAUCGGAGUACCUGCCAGUGGAUCCGUAUACCCCGGGGACUCAUUAUACGUCAACUUCCGAUGAGAACAUUAUGAACACGCCGGCGAGCUUCUCCGAUUCCUUGUCUCAGGAUUUCCAGGAUCCAGGUCCCUUCGAGAUGGAACAAGUGCCUGUUUUCAAGUCUCCUUUUGAGUUGCAAAAGCAGAACAAUAGCAACGUGGAGACGCAACAAGAAAAACCAAAUGGCCAGCCUGAGCUGCUUGCCAGUCGACUGCAAAACUUCCACCUGUCAAAUGCCGAGAAACUCGCCCAAUCUCACUCGACCAGCAAGACAAGCAAGAACACUUCUUCGCAGCAUGCUUCUGGCAAGGAUACGGCCCAGUCGAAGAAUCAAGCGUCAUCCAACGAGAAGUCCAACCAAGCUUCAGGUGCACAGGAAAGCCGACAGGCCCAUCAAAAUUCGAAGCGGCGCACAAAUGGGGCCGAUGCCUCGGAGAAGGCCAAUGGCGUCAGCCACAGCCAUAGUCAAAAGUCCAAACCGAAGGGUCGACAGGAUACUUCGCACAAUUCCUCCAAUACGAACGGCGAUUCAAAGGAUCACCCGCCGAAGAAAUCCAGUGCGGCAACCAACGGAACAACUGAUCACAACCACGGCGGAUGGCAGACCACCAAGAAAAAGCAUCGUCGCAAUGCCAAGGCAUCUGCCGACCCACGCAAUGUGGUCAUCACCUGCGGUCCAGAACCCCUUCCUGCUGACGAGUCCAUGCGAAAGGGCGGAUGA